AACUCAAAUUAAGUUUUAGUGUUCUAAAAUCAGUUUAAACAAUAAAUCAAAUUUAAAUCAAGAAAUUGUUCAGAUAGAUUUUUGAAAAAAAAACUAGUCUAAUCAUUUAAAACAUUGGUCUAAACUUCCGAUUAAUUAAUAAUUUGUUAAAAAAUUGUCUAAUUAGUAUCUAGCUAUUGCUUGAACAUUAAUCAAAAUGUGAAAAUCCAAAAACAUAUCCUAAUAGAUAUAUCAGAUAAGUUGCCAAAAGAAGAAAAGCAGACCAUUUCAAUUAGAUUAUUCAAUUUCGGUCUUUGGUUUAAUUACACACCGGUUCGAACUCGGUUCGAUUCAGUUAAAAGCUUCAUCUCUUAAUCGUUUCUCUCUCUCUCUAAAAAAAAAGAAGAGAUUUUUCUGAAAAUGGCGUCAAUGUGCUUAUCUCUCCACCAAACCCUAAAACCCUUGGCGGCUCCUAGACCAACACCACGCUCCUUCCCUACCAGACGCCCCUCCACCUUAACCACGCGCGCUUCCUACACCCCAACACCAGCAACCGAGCGCGUGAUCUCAAUCGCAUCCUACGCUUUACCGUUCUUCAACUCGCUCCAAUACGGACGCUUCCUCUUCGCGCAGUACCCGAGGCUAGGCCUCCUCGUGGAGCCCAUCUUCCCGCUGCUCAACCUCUACAGGUCCGUCCCCGGCGCGAGCUUCGUGGCCUUCUUUGGGCUCUACUUGGGUGUGGUGAGGAACACGAGUUUCAGCAGGUACGUUAGGUUCAACGCGAUGCAGGCCGUGACGCUCGAUGUGCUGUUGGCGGUUCCGGUUUUGCUGACGAGGAUACUGGAUCCGGGUCAUGGAGGUGGUGGGUUUGGGAUGAAGGCCAUGAUGUGGGGACACACGGGUGUGUUUGUGUUUAGCUUCAUGUGUUUUGUCUAUGGAGUUGUGAGCUGUUUGGUCGGAAAGACUCCUUAUAUCCCCCUUGUCGCUGAUGCUGCUGGGAGACAACUCUAGAAAGCUUAUCACUUUGUUUCGAAAACUGUUUCUUUUUUUUUUUGUGUAUGCGAUCAUAAAGGUUUCAGCUUUGAGCAAUUGUUACUGUGUGGUUAUGGUAUGUAGUUCGAAAGAAUCAGGAAGCUGUUGUUUGCGUUUGAAGAGAUGUUGUCAUAAGGUUCUGUCCUAAAAAGAACAUAUUCCAACA